GAGAGAGAGAGAGAGAGAGAGAGAGAGAAAAGAGGUGAGCAACUGUCUGAUUACCGGAGAAAAGCGACAUUUAACUGGAAAAUAAAAAAGUCUCCAAGAAAGAAGAAAUGUCAACACGAAUAUUUGGAGGAAAAGCCUGAGCUACUUUAGCAUCUCUUUGUUUCUAAGAAGCUACAGUGGGAAGGUCAGAAAGAAGGCCAGUCAGAUUCAAGAUUCAAGUUUUUAAGAGGAGCCACUGGAAAUCAUUUUGCUGUUUUUUAUCUCAUUUUGGAUCGAGAUGAAAGAGAAGAAGAUCGGGAGUCCAGGGAUGAGCAUCCUCAGUCCGUGUCGGAUGAUUGCCGCUGUGGCUUUAGUAGUGAUUAUACUGGGAGGACUGGGAGCCGCCAUCUGGGCCCUCGUCACAUAUGUAAAAACAACAGAAGAUACAGGAUUAUAUGAUGUGCAGGUGAGUGCAGCAGAUCAGAGACUGAGGGUGUUUGACUCGACUCAGAGAAGAUGGAGAUACGUCUGCUCAUCCAAUGCCAACCCACUCAUCGCCAACAUCACCUGUGAGGAAAUGGGCUUCGUCAGAGCAGUAAAUGUCUCAGUAACGUGUGCUCCCGAAAGUAACGGAGACCAGGAUUUUUUCUGUGUCAAAGAGGCUGAAUUAACUUACGGGAAGAAGAUAAAAACAGCCCUGUAUCCUUGUAAAUGUGACAAAGGACAGAUUCUAGAGGUGAUUUGUCAGGACUGUGGUCGUCGUAUGCUGCCCGAGGAACGGAUCGUAGGGGGAGAAGAUGCCCGUCAGGGUUCGUGGCCGUGGCAGGUUAGCUUGCAGUAUGAUGCCGUUCAUCAGUGUGGUGGUACCAUCAUUUCAGACCGCUGGAUUGUCAGUGCAGCACACUGCUUUCCAGAGAGGUAUCGUCAUGUUCCACGCUGGCGGGUUAUGAUGGGGUCUAUCUAUAACACCCCGGUCCGCAAGAACAUUGUGAUCGCUGAGGUAAAAACAGUCGUCUACCACAGCAGCUACCUGCCCUUCGUCGACGCCAACAUUGACGACAACAGUCGAGAUAUUGCGGUCGUGGCGCUGACAAAACCUUUGCAGUUUACAGAUUACAUUCAGCCAGUUUGUCUUCCAAGCUACGGCCAGCGUCUGGUGGAUGGACAGAUGGGCACAGUAACCGGCUGGGGUAACGUGGAGUAUUAUGGUACUCAAGCUAACGUCCUACAGGAAGCUCACGUUCCCAUCAUCAGUGAUGCUGUGUGCAACGGUCCAGAUUACUAUGACAACCAGAUCACAACCACCAUGUUCUGUGCGGGCUAUGAGAAGGGAGGAACCGACUCAUGUCAGGGAGACAGCGGUGGUCCGUUCGUAGCAGCUGAUGUUCUCUCCAAAACCAGUCGGUAUCGUCUGAUGGGGGUCGUGAGCUGGGGUACCGGCUGUGCCAUGGCCAAAAAGCCCGGCGUGUACACCCGCGUGUCUCGCUUUCUGCCGUGGAUAUCUGCAGCCAUGAGGAUGUAUGAGAAUUCACCAGGAGUGCACAAAAUGGCCCGCGCUGUUACUCCAUAACCAUUUAGGAAAAAUGGAAAAUGUUCUUCGUGAGACUGAUAAAUUCCCAGUUGAGGUCAGAUUUGUUGCUCUGAGAUCGGACGUCUCGUCUUGUGUUGAUCAGACUGAGGUCAGAUGUUCUGUGUUGAUCAACCUGUUUCGAGGACAAACGUAGAAUGUGUUUUCGCAAUAUCUGACCUGAAGAGACCAGAACAGAUUUGAAUGCUGUAUAGCACGUUACAUACAGUAUAUGAAUUGUUAAUUUCCAUGAAGAAUGCUUGUACUAUAAUCAGAUAUGCAAUGCUCAACCUUAAAAUAACAAACAAACAAACAAAAACAUACAUAGCUUAUACAUAUCUACAGCUCAUUUUUAAAAUUUGAGCUUUGUGAACUAAUUGUAUUGCAAGUGACUGUUAUAAAGUAUGUCAUUGAUUUCAAACAUGUAUUAACAAAUAUGCAUUUUACAGAUAAUCAUAAUUUAACACCUGAUGGCCGUGAAAAACAUAGUUUAUUACAAAUCACACACAAUUAAUAAUAUCACAUUAAUAUAAAACUUUAACUGAAAUGCAGUAUUUUUACCUAAAUUUAGUUUACUACCCUUACGAAAUUAACCAUGGUUUUACUGCAGUAAAAGCGGACAUUUCACAAGACUUUUUUAAGAUGCCAAAUAAAUCUUUGGUGUCCCCAGAGUACGUAUGUGAAGUUUUAGCUCAAAAUAUCAUAUAGAUAAUUUAUUAUAACAUGUUAAAAUUGCCACUUUGUAGGUGUGAGCAAAAUGUGCUUUUUUGGGUGUGUCCUUUAAAAUGCAAAUGAGCUGAUCUUUGCAUUAAAUAGCAGUGCUGUGGUUGGAUAGUGCAGAUUAAGGGGUGGCAUUAUUAUAAUAAGAUACCCUUCUGACAUCACAAGCGGAGACAAAUUUUAAUGACCUAUUUUUUCACAUGCUUGCAGAGAAUGGUUUACCAAUACUAAGUUACUAAGUUGAUCUUUUUUUACAUUUUCUAGGUUGAUAUAAGCACCAUGGACCCAUUAAUAACUAUCGAACAUGGAAAAAGUCAGAUUUUAUGAUAUGUCCCCUAAAAAAAAAAAAAAAAAAAAAAAAUGGUUACUACAGUUAAACCAUGGUUCCCACGAAUUACCAUAUUCUUGCCACAAAACCAUGGUUACUGCAGUAAAACUACAGUUUUGCGAAUGGUAAUCAGUACACCAAAAACCAUGGUUUGGCUUUGGGUAUCAUUGUACCAAACCAUGGUUAAUAAAACAAAAUCUUUUUGAACCACGUUUACAUUCACGUUCAGAUUCUCUUAUCUAUAAUUUUUAUAAGGUGUAGGGGGAAUAGUGUACAUAAACUUAUAUAAUAUAAGGGCAAAUCUUUAGUGCAAGAGCUUGAAAGACAUUAUUUCUUAUGAAUAUCUAGGAAAAAUACAGGAUUUUGUGAAAUGUGCCAUCACUGUACUUCUAAAAGUACAUUUUAAGAUUUUAUCAACAACACUGGGACUAUGGCCAAAGCAAUGACAAUGUUUAAAAACUAUGAGAUUUUCCUCCUUGAUGUGUGUUUGUUAUUUUAUGGUCUUGAAAGUAUAAAGUAAGGUAUUGAUGUAAUAACAAGCAGUAAUAUAAAGAUACAAACCAAAGUAUGGAUAAACUCACUGAGUAAUGCUGUUGCAGUCAGUAUUGUUGCUUACAAUAUGUUGUUGUAAAUAUAUCGCUUCUUUACAAUGAAAUGCACAGUUUAAUUUGGUUUUAUGUCUAAUUUUAUUUCAAGCUGCUAUAUUGAUCUGACUUUUUCUACCCUCACUAUAGCUUUAUUUAGUAGGCCUAACAUAUGAACAGGACUACAGUAAGUCAACCAAGGUUUAAAACUUUGCUUAUAUACCAAAGGGCUGGUAAUAUAUUUAUACGCUGAAAAAAACCUUCUGGACAUCGGUUGCACAUAAUUAAAUAAGGUUUUCUUAAAAUGCAAUUAACUUUAAUUAAAAUUAAUUUCAUUUUAAGAAAACUUGAUUCAAUGUUGAACUGGUGUACAUAAUUAAAUUACGUAGAUCUAACAUUUUUUUUUUUUAAGAAAAAUAAUUUUAAGAAAACUUAAUUCAAUCAUUUGCAACCAGAGAUUUUUUUCAGUGCCGAAGGGCUGUUGAAUGCUUUUUUCUGAUUGGUUGAGAAAUGUUCCUUAAAUAUGUUUUACCUGUCAAAUGUCUUAUGGCGCAUUCACACGGGGUGUCAGCGUUAACGCUUCCCAUUCACUUUUAAUGGGUGAUGUCAUGCGUUGCCAAACUGAAUUGUGGAUCCGUCAGCGCCGCGUCAGUGCCGUUGCUCGCGGCAGAAGUUGAACAUUUCUCAACUUUUCAAGCUGCAACGCGUACGUCAGCCAAUCAGAUCGCCUCAUGCAAAUAACCUAGGCAGAGCCAGCCAAUUACGUUUAUGGAAGAACGGAGCAUGUGUAGCGGCCACUGUUGGCCACGCUUCAGACAAGCCUUCUGUUAAGCGUUAACGCUUACGCCCCGUGUGAAUGUACCGUUA